CAAGGUGGAAGGCAGGUAACAGUCGUAUUUUCAGUGAUGGGUUCUAAGUAACUAAUUUUAGUCUGUUGCAACAUCAGUUGUUAAGGGAUUGAUUAACAACCAAGAAGAAAAAAAGAACUUGAGACAAAUCCAAACUUCUGUCUUACAAGGCUCACUCUGAAUUACAGGAAGCAGUGAAGGUACAUAAACCUGGUACUGUCUGUCUGACUUUCACGAUUUUCUGAAAGCAACAAAGAAGUUAUCUUUACAUUUAUUCAAAACAAUAGAAAUGAUUGCCUUCAUUGUCUUGCCAAUUCUUGCUGCAGUGCUGCAACAGUCUUCUGGAAGUGUUGAUUUUGAUUCUGAGUCACCCAGGAAACCAGAAAUACAAAACAAGAUUGUUGAUUUGCACAAUUCUUUAAGGAGAUCUGUGAAUCCAACUGCUAGCAACAUGCUAAAAAUGGAAUGGUAUCCUGAAGCUGCUGCUAAUGCAGAACGUUGGGCAUACAGAUGUAUUGAGAGUCACAGUCCACGCGAUUCAAGAGUUCUUGAAGGAAUAAAAUGUGGUGAAAAUAUAUAUAUGUCAUCUGUUCCUAUAAAAUGGACUGAAAUUAUUCACGGUUGGCAUGGUGAAAACAAAAAUUUCAAGUAUGGCAUUGGAGCAGACCCACCAUAUGCUGUAACCGGCCAUUUCACUCAGGUAGUUUGGUACAAAAGUUACCGUGUUGGUUGUGCUGCUGCCUAUUGUCCUUCAUCGGAAUACAGCUACUUUUAUGUUUGUCAGUACUGCCCAGCAGGAAACAUCAUAGGUAAAACUGCUACUCCAUAUAAAUCCGGGCCACCUUGUGGGGAUUGUCCUUCCGCUUGUGACAAUGGACUAUGCACAAAUCCUUGCACAAAAGAAGAUAAGUACACGAACUGCAAAAGUUUGGUCCAACAAUCUGGCUGCCAGACUAAACAGAUGCAGUCAGACUGCUCUGCUAUUUGCUUAUGCCAAAAUAAAAUAAUAUAGUGGGCUUCCCAUUCAAUAUUUUUUUAUUUUUGCCAGAAAUAUCUUAAAAUCAUGGCAUCUUUUAGUAUCAGCAAAUUCUUACUUGACAUUUGAUUUCAUAUACUUUGCAUGAAUGUCCUAUGAAUGCCUAAGGGAAACAGCAGCAGGAGUAAAGGCUAGGGAUGAAAACUGUAAGUUCAAAGAGUCACAGGAAAAAUCACAAGCCUAUGUAGCAUCAAAAAAGGUUGAUUAAAAGAAAAUACUGAAGGCCUGAAAAUAACAUCACCAAAAUUCUUUGCACUACAACUAUACCACAAGGAUUUCUUAAAUGCUUAUAUUAAAACUAAUCUAGAACUGAUCUGAUGCCAUUCAUGCAAAAUAUAUGCCAGGAUUUGGUGUUUUUCAUGUUUUAAUUGGUUAUGGUUCAUAGUUUGAUAUGAUUUUAUAUUAUUUUUAAUUUUUGAUUGGGAGCCACCCAGAUGGGCAGCUUUAUAAAUGUAAUAACUAAUUAAAUAAGUAAACAAAUAAAUAAAUUCUGUAGAA